GAAUUUUUUUUUUUUUUAUCUCAGUUCUCCAGCAAGUGCUACAAAGAAGAAAACAUUCUGAAGAAUCAGUUGAAGUACUUCACUUCCUGUAAAGUCAAGUUCAAGUAACAACUCCGCUUAAUUGCAAGCAGGAGAAAUGAAGCACAUUAUCAAUCCAUAUGAAAACAUUAACAAUACAGCAAGAAACAAUUCAGAUUGUUCUCCUGUGGUUUUGCCAGAGGAGAUCUUUUUCACAAUAUCCAUCAUGGGUGUUUUGGAGAAUCUGGUUGUCCUUCUGGCGGUCGUCAAGAAUAAGAAUCUCCAGUCACCCAUGUACUGUUUCAUUUGUAGCCUGGCCAUUUCUGAUAUGUUGGGCAGCCUGUAUAAGAUCUUGGAAAAUAUCCUGAUUAUAUUCAGAAACAUGGGUUAUCUCAAGCCUCGUGGUAAUUUCGAAACCAUAGCAGAUGACAUCAUCGACUCAUUGUUCAUCCUCUCUCUGCUCGGCUCCAUUUUCAGCCUGUCUGUGAUUGCUGCUGACCGCUACAUCACCAUCUUCCAUGCACUGCAGUACCACAGCAUCAUGACCAUGCGCCGCACCGUCAUCAUCCUGAUGGUCAUCUGGACAUUCUGUCUGGGCAGCGGUGUUACCAUGGUGAUCUUCUCUCAUCAUGUCCCCACGGUGAUCGCGUUCACAUCGUUGUUCCCCUUGAUGUUGAUCUUCAUCCUGUGCCUCUACGCACACAUGUUCUUGCUGGCUCUAUCCCAUGCCAGGAAGAUCAAGACUCUUCGGAGGGCCAACAUGAAAGGAGCCAUCACAUUGACCAUCCUGCUUGGGGUCUUCAUUUUCUGUUGGGCCCCCUUUGUCCUUCAUGUCCUCUUAAUGACAUUCUGCCCUAAUAACCCCUAUUGUGCUUGCUACAUGUCUCUCUUUCAGGUGAAUGGCAUGUUGAUCAUGUGUAAUGCAGUCAUUGAUCCCUUUAUCUAUGCUUUCCGGAACCCAGAGCUCAGGGAUGCAUUCAAAAAGAUGAUCUUCUGCAGCAGGUACCAAUAGAACUAUUGAUCUCUGAUUUUAGGAUCCACAAGGAUAAUAUGAAGUAUCUU